AUGCAGGCCCGACAGGAGAAUGUGCUCCGACGUAUGGAGCAGGAUUACGACAGCCGCAUGGAGGAGCAGGUAGAAGAUCUUCGUGACAAGAUGCGACUCCUGCAGGUGGAUAGGAAAAGCAACAUCGACGUACUCGAGUCCAGCAAGCAAACCAACAAGGAUUACAUUCGCCAACUGAAAAAUGAGAACCGGGAUCUGCGUAAAGCUCUCGCCGACAUGAAGCGGUCUUCUUCGGCAGGUGCUCAGGUGAACAAAGUUCGCAAACAGCACGACGAUCUGAGGCAUCGUGUGCAGUCACAAACAGCGUUACUGGAGGAGUUAAAAGACGAAGUAAAAGACCUCGAGCUGGAGUCCAAGAAACCAAGUCUUGAAGAUACACCGGAGACGCGCAAGAUCCGGAUGCUGGAGAAUCGCCUGGACAAGGCCAUGAUCAAGUUCAACGAGGCUCAGAGUAUUCGGAAAACGUACGAGCAGAUCGUCAAGCGACUCAAAGAUGAACGCAUCGGGUUCGACAACCAACUGGCUGCUAUUGAGCGCGCUCUAGCAGCCAAGCAACAUGACUACGAUGAACUUGUGUUGCUCUCAGCAGACGCCGCUCAUGCGCGUGAAACGAUCCUGCUGGAGCUGGAGAAGGCACGAAGUCAACACGAAGACGAGAAGCGACAUCGCGAGAAGGAACUUCGAGAGAAGCAGCAGUACGUGAAGAUUCGUCUGGAAAUGGUCAACCGAGUGGACAAACGAGAGAAACACAAAAGCUCAGUCAUCGCACGAGGUUCCGUAGACUUGAGUUACGAAGGUGAGAGUCAGCUGAAGGCCUCGUUGAUGUCGACUAUGAUACAACAGGGCGUUGUAGGUGAGGAGAAGAAGGAGCAUCGCAGUAAGAUCGACAUCUUUGAGAGCGCCUUCCGCAAGAUCAAGGAAGCCACAGGUGUCAGUGAUGUGAACGAAGUCAUCCAGAAGAUCACCAGCCAGGAGAGCACUACCGACAACUUGUUGAACUUAUCAAAGGAGAAUCAAGCGCGACUGGAGCGACUGCAAGCAGAACAUUCAGUGCUUAAGGCUCGUGUCGAGGAACUCAAGUACAGCGGAUCAGGUGGUGGUCACAGACGGAAACUCGUGGACGAUCACGAGCAGAAUUUGGUCUUGGCGAGCACGAAAUUAGAGCGUGCUAAACUCAAAUACGAGCGGUUGGCUAAGGUGCUGAUUGGUGUCAAGGCUGGCGUCGAACAUCUCGUGGACAAGAUGGAGAGCGUCCGUGAAGACGAUCAAGUUGUCGUCGUUACAGACGACACUAUUGUGGAGGCCUUGCAGGAGAGUGAGAUCACUUUGGCACAUUUGCUAAGUCAGAUCAAGCUCGCAGGAGCUGCAUCUACGUCGUCGAUGGAGCUGUCAGCUAUACAACACAAGAAGAUUGACAGCACACGUGUACCCGUGGCAGCGUUGAAGAAUGCGAUGGCAACAGGUAGUCUCAUUCCUGAAGGACUGGGGCUGGAUGCAGAUGUUCUCGUCGCUCGACCAUACAAUCAACGUAUCGCGUUACCAGGCACCGAUGGUCUCACUGCAGAGGAACUAGAGAUGGACGAUAUGGGUGCAAAUGGAGGCAUGUUACUGGACGACACUGAAGAAGCUUUGAGUCGCGAUCGUGUCAAACGAGCGUCUUCUCAAGUGAUCAUGGCCCAAGAUAAGAAGAAGCGCGUGCUUAAGAAGAAGUUCAAAGAAAGUGGUAACGAUUCAUCCGACGAAGAAGGUAGCGCUGUCGUCGCUAGUAUCAACGGUAGUGCCACAAACCAGGUCGAUAGUUCAUCCAGAGGGCCACCUACACAACGCACAUUACCCCCGAGGAAGAAAUAA